AUGAUAUUCGGCGCCCGGGAUGGGCCCGUUCCAGGGGCAUCAUGGGCCUGGAAAAAGGUGCUGCGGUUUGGAGUUGGCUUUUUGUUCGUGGUAGGGUUUGCCGCCGUACUAUGGCCCUCGGUCGAGCAAGUGAAGCUGCCGCUGCAGACGACUGCCAACGUCACCCUCGCCCCCGAUAUCUCGUGCGAUGUCGAUCACGAUAAAUUGGCAUCCAUGAAUGUUCUCAAAGUCGCCCAAUACACUCGUCGAGAGAUCGUACUCGAUAUGACGGAUGAACCAGUACCGUACACACAGUGGCUCGAACAGCCACUCUUGGAAGAGCCGAGGGGAACCGAGGGAGCAGCGGAUGGGUGCUCAAUUCCAGCACCAGUGUCCUUGCGGGUUCCUCAGCCGCCGAAAUUGGCGGACGCAUCACACAUCGAUUUUGGAGUCGCGACCAGCGUCGAGAGAUUGAACGAGUCUCUGGAUGCGUUCGCGCACUGGGCUGGAUACUCGCGCACUCGUAUUUUCGCGCUGAUCGAACCGGAUCGCUCGGAAUCCGGAAUCCGGGAUGUCAAGGCCAAGGCUGACGCUCUGGGGAUUAACCUCCACGUCACAGAGUCGGACGAUGACUACCUCAACCGAUACUUCGCACUUAUCCCUCUUUUGAAGGAAAAUUCCCGAGAAACAACCCAAUGGGGCUGUAUCAUUGACGAUGACACAUUCUUCCUGUCGAUGCCCAGACUAGUGGAUGCGCUGGCUAAAUACGACCACACCACCUCCAUGUAUAUUGGCGGAUUGUCAGAGUCUAUCCCGCAGAUUGCGUCAUUCGGAAUUAUUGGAUUUGGAGGCGCGGGCGUCUUUUUAUCGAAACCCCUCUUGGCGGAAAUUACCAACGUAUACGACAAGUGCUCAGCAAUGGAUUUCACAGGUGAUCGCCGCAUCGCCAUCUGCAUCUACCGCUACACCCAAACCCGGCUGACGGUAGACCACCGUCUGCGGCAGCUGGACCUGAUGCACGACGCCUCUGGAUUCUUCGAGUCCGGCCGCGAGCCCCCGCUCACGGUGCACCACUGGAAGUCCUGGUUCCACGCCGACAUGCCGAAGCUAGCCGUGGUCUCCGAGUUAUGCGGCGACACCUGUCUCCUCCGCAAAUGGCACUUCGGCGACGGCUGGAUCCUAACGAACGGAUUCUCAGUCAUCAAGUAUCACGCCGACCCGGAUCAGGACGAUCUCGCCAUGGAGCAGACCUGGGCUCCCCACAAUGGCGCCGAUGACGAAUCUUACCUGCACGAAUUGGGUCCCCUCCGCCGCAAGGAUGAACACAAACAGACCUUCCAGUUACAGGGUGCCGUCCACGAGCAGAACGACCGUGUCACUCAGUGGUACAUCAUGCGCGAUGACAGGAACGGUGAUCAAAUCUUGGAGCUGUCAUGGCGCAAGAGAUAA